UAUCUGCUCCCGGCCAUGGUGACGCACUGUUCCUGGCACCCAAAGCGGACAGCCCCAGCCGCGCCCAGAAGGCCGCCCCAUUCCUACUGCCUCCACCCGGAAUCUGUGUGUGCCCCCCAGGCCCGCAGAGCGAGGUCGCCCCCCGGCCGGACCAGCAGGGUCUCCCUGCAAUUGCCCCAGGGGCCCGAAGGAGCAGGUGGCCCAGGCGGCAGUCACGCGGGCGCAGUUCAGGGGCUCCUUUGUGUGGCGACAGGGCUGCCAGAGAGGUUGCGUCCUUGGGUAGCCUUUGGAGCUACGCUUCUGGGUUUGGGGGCAGCGGGGGUGUGGGGAACACGGGGCGGGGCGGGGCGGGGCGGGGAGGCCCAUACGGCGGCGGGGGGCGGUGCCGGAGCCCAAGUUUACCCGCCGCGCGGCUGCGGGGCCGGGACGCGGAUAGCCCGGCCAGGAGCUAGGAUCAUCAAAUGGUUUGUCUCAAAGUUUAAGUACAUAUUCGGCCUUCGUUUUGAGACAAAGGGUCUCCAGAAGCUGGAGGUGGACCACCCCUGUGUCAUCAUUUCUAACCACCAGAGCAUCCUGGACAUGAUGGGCCUGAUGGAGGCCCUACCUGAGCGCUGCGUGCAGAUUGCCAAGCGGGAGCUGAUCUUCUUGGGACCCGUGGGCCUGAUCAUGUACCUUGGGGGCAUCUUCUUCAUCAACCGGCAGCACUCCAGGACCGCCAUGACCGUGAUGGCCGAUGUGGGCGAGCGCAUGGUCAAGGAGAACCUCAAAGUGUGGAUCUACCCUGAGGGCACACGGAACGACAAUGGAGACCUGCUACCUUUCAAGAAAGGCGCCUUCUACCUGGCGAUCCAGACCCAGGUGCCUGUCAUCCCUGUGAUAUACUCCAGCUUCUCCUCCUUCUACAACCCCAAGACAAAGCUCUUCAGCUCAGGAACUAUCAAGGUGGAGGUGCUGGAUGCCAUCCCCACCAGUGGUCUCACUGUUGCUGAUGUCCCCAAGCUGAUGGAUACCUGCUACCAGGCCAUGAGGACCACCUUCUUCCGCAUAUCCAAGACACCCCAGGAGAACAGGGCGGCUGCAGGACCUGGUUGCCAGCCAGCGCAGUAGCCGAGGCCUGGGGUGGGGCAGGACCCAGGGACAAGGCCUGGAUGGAGAGGGGACAGAGGGACCCCUCCCCCUGCCCUGGCUGCUUAGUUCCGCUGUGCCCUCCUCCCGAGGUUCCCCCGUUCAUCCGGGCCCUGGAUGCGGGAGGCUGCCUCCUGUCACUGGCCUCGGAUGUCCCCCCAAAAGGAGAGUCAGCUGGAACCUUCCCAAGAAGCCCACGCUUGUGCCUCUCAGACUCGGGAGCAGGCGAAGCACCAGCUGGGCCGACAGGCAGGGCUGAGCUGCACGGCCUCGGGACGAAUGGCCAGGGCUGAGACGCUCUACCCUCCUGCCGCGGCCCGUGGGGCGUGGAGGCCGGCUGGGCGGCCGGUCCUCUGGCAGAAACGGGACUCUGCGGGGGCGGGGGGGCGGCUGGACACCCGGUCUUGUGCAACCUGGGGCCUCAGGGAGAGCACACAGCAGAGGUCCUUGCUCUGCUGGCCUUGGAAGCAAGCCACCCAAACAGGCACUGCACACCGUCCGUGUUUUAUAAUAAACAAACCCUUGGAAGCA